GUUGGGUCUCGUCUCGGGAUCGUCGCUGUCCUCAGCGCCUGCACUCUCGCCGGGCAGUUCAUCCUGAGCCAGCUGCUGCGGCGGCGGCUGGGGCUGGGGCGGCUGUGGAGGCGCCUGGCAGGCUCCGCCAGCCCCCUGGGAGCGGGGGAUGGGCUCCGGGCGCGGAGAAACUCCCUCAACAUCCAUCUCCAUCUUCCCAUUCACUGGAGGGCAAGACAAAAGCGGAGUGGAGACUUGGCAGCGGCGCCCGGCAGCUACUCAGCUGCCCGUGGCACGCAUGGCUCGCCGAGGAGGGGCCGCCUCCCGCGCGCCCUCCCUUCUGCCACCCUUCGCCCGCGCUCCCCGCAGCUCCGCUCGCCUGCUUGGCUCCGGCCCUGGCGGCGUCUGGGCCAGGGAGCGCGAGGAGCGGGUGGCCGCGUGUCCUUGGAGCGCUGGCCUUCAGGCGCCCCCGGCAGUGCCGCUAAGCAGAGCGCAUCUCGGCGGCGGCGGCGGCGGCGCCUCCCAGCCGCGCUCCCAGCCUCAGGGCCGCUUGGGGACUUGCUCUCCAGCCCGGCCCACGCUCCUAGCCGCUUUCCAGCGUCUCUUGGGGCCCCUUGGCGUUUCUCCUCCCUACCAACCUUCUGAACAAAGUUGCUGGAAGAACCAACCUGGUCGCCGGGCUUUGCCCGGCGAAGCUGGCAAGAAUAGGGACUGUCAGGUGCAAGUGAAAUCUACCUUCCCCGCCCGCUGA